AUGUCACGUGUGCCCUCCUUGUUCCUCAUGUCACGUGUGCCCUCCUUGUUCCUCAUGUCACGUGUGCCCUCCUUGUUCCUCAUGUCACGUGUGCCCUCCUUGUUCCUCAUGUCACGUGUGCCCUCCUUGUUCCUCAUGUCACGUGUGCCCUCCUUGUUCCUCAUGUCACGUGUGCCCUCCUUGUUCCUCAUGUCACGUGUGCCCUCCUUGUUCCUCAUGUCACGUGUGCCCUCCUUGUUCCUCAUGUCACGUGUGCCCUCCUUGUUCCUCAUGUCACGUGUGCCCUCCUUGUUCCUCAUGUCACGUGUGCCCUCCUUGUUCCUCAUGUCACGUGUGCCCUCCUUGUUCCUCAUGUCACGUGUGCCCUCCUUGUUCCUCAUGUCACGUGUGCCCUCCUUGUUCCUCAUGUCACGUGUGCCCUCCUUGUUCCUCAUGUCACGUGUGCCCUCCUUGUUCCUCAUGUCACGUGUGCCCUCCUUGUUCCUCAUGUCACGUGUGCCCUCCUUGUUCCUCAUGUCACGUGUGCCCUCCUUGUUCCUCAUGUCACGUGUGCCCUCCUUGUUCCUCAUGUCACGUGUGCCCUCCUUGUUCCUCAUGUCACGUGUGCCCUCCUUGUUCCUCAUGUCACGUGUGCCCUCCUUGUUCCUCAUGUCACGUGUGCCCUCCUUGUUCCUCAUGUCACGUGUGCCCUCCUUGUUCCUCAUGUCACGUGUGCCCUCCUUGUUCCUCAUGUCACGUGUGCCCUCCUUGUUCCUCAUGUCACGUGUGCCCUCCUUGUUCCUCAUGUCACGUGUGCCCUCCUUGUUCCUCAUGUCACGUGUGCCCUCCUUGUUCCUCAUGUCACGUGUGCCCUCCUUGUUCCUCAUGUCACGUGUGCCCUCCUUGUUCCUCAUGUCACGUGUGCCCUCCUUGUUCCUCAUGUCACGUGUGCCCUCCUUGUUCCUCAUGUCACGUGUGCCCUCCUUGUUCCUCAUGUCACGUGUGCACUCCUUGUUCCUCAUGUCACGUGUGCCCUCCUUGUUCCUCAUGUCACGUGUGCCCUCCUUGUUCCUCAUGUCACGUGUGCCCUCCUUGUUCCUCAUGUCACGUGUGCCCUCCUUGUUCCUCAUGUCACGUGUGCCCUCCUUGUUCCUCAUGUCACGUGUGCCCUCCUUGUUCCUCAUGUCACGUGUGCCCUCCUUGUUCCUCAUGUCACGCGUGCCCUCCUUGUUCCUCAUGUCACGUGUGCCCUCCUUGUUCCUCAUGUCACGUGUGCCCUCCUUGUUCCUCAUGUCACGUGUGCCCUCCUUGUUCCUCAUGUCACGUGUGCCCUCCUUGUUCCUCAUGUCACGUGUGCCCUCCUUGUUCCUCAUGUCACGUGUGCCCUCCUUGUUCCUCAUGUCACGUGUGCCCUCCUUGUUCCUCAUGUCACGUGUGCCCUCCUUGUUCCUCAUGUCACGUGUGCCCUCCUUGUUCCUCAUGUCACGUGUGCCCUCCUUGUUCCUCAUGUCACGUGUGCCCUCCUUGUUCCUCAUGUCACGUGUGCCCUCCUUGUUCCUCAUGUCACGUGUGCACUCCUUGUUCCUCAUGUCACGUGUGCCCUCCUUGUUCCUCAUGUCACGUGUGCCCUCCUUGUUCCUCAUGUCACGUGUGCCCUCCUUGUUCCUCAUGUCACGUGUGCCCUCCUUGUUCCUCAUGUCACGUGUGCCCUCCUUGUUCCUCAUGUCACGUGUGCCCUCCUUGUUCCUCAUGUCACGUGUGCCCUCCUUGUUCCUCAUGUCACGUGUGCCCUCCUUGUUCCUCAUGUCACGUGUGCCCUCCUUGUUCCUCAUGUCACGUGUGCCCUUCCUUGUUCCUCAUGUCACGUGUGCCCUCCUUGUUCCUCAUGUCACGUGUGCCCUCCUUGUUCCUCAUGUCACGUGUGCCCUCCUUGUUCCUCAUGUCACGUGUGCCCUCCUUGUUCCUCAUGUCACGUGUGCCCUCCUUGUUCCUCAUGUCACGUGUGCCCUCCUUGUUCCUCAUGUCACGUGUGCCCUCCUUGUUCCUCAUGUCACGUGUGCCCUUCUUGUUCCUCAUGUCACGUGUGCCCUCCUUGUUCCUCAUGUCACGUGUGCCCUCCUUGUUCCUCAUGUCACGUGUGCCCUCCUUGUUCCUCAUGUCACGUGUGCCCUCCUUGUUCCUCAUGUCACGUGUGCCCUCCUUGUUCCUCAUGUCACGUGUGCCCUCCUUGUUCCUCAUGUCACGUGUGCCCUCCUUGUUCCUCAUGUCACGUGUGCCCUCCUUGUUCCUCAUGUCACGUGUGCCCUCCUUGUUCCUCAUGUCACGUGUGCCCUCCUUGUUCCUCAUGUCACGUGUGCCCUCCUUGUUCCUCAUGUCACGUGUGCCCUCCUUGUUCCUCAUGUCACGUGUGCACUCCUUGUUCCUCAUGUCACGUGUGCCCUCCUUGUUCCUCAUGUCACGUGUGCCCUCCUUGUUCCUCAUGUCACGUGUGCCCUCCUUGUUCCUCAUGUCACGUGUGCCCUCCUUGUUCCUCAUGUCACGUGUGCCCUCCUUGUUCCUCAUGUCACGUGUGCCCUCCUUGUUCCUCAUGUCACGUGUGCCCUCCUUGUUCCUCAUGUCACGUGUGCCCUCCUUGUUCCUCAUGUCACGUGUGCCCUCCUUGUUCCUCAUGUCACGUGUGCCCUCUUGUUCCUCAUGUCACGUGUGCCCUCCUUGUUCCUCAUGUCACGUGUGCCCUCCUUGUUCCUCAUGUCACGUGUGCCCUCCUUGUUCCUCAUGUCACGUGUGCCCUCCUUGUUCCUCAUGUCACGUGUGCCCUCCUUGUUCCUCAUGUCACGUGUGCCCUCCUUGUUCCUCAUGUCACGUGUGCCCUCCUUGUUCCUCAUGUCACGUGUGCCCUUCUUGUUCCUCAUGUCACGUGUGCCCUCCUUGUUCCUCAUGUCACGUGUGCCCUCCUUGUUCCUCAUGUCACGUGUGCCCUCCUUGUUCCUCAUGUCACGUGUGCCCUCCUUGUUCCUCAUGUCACGUGUGCCCUCCUUGUUCCUCAUGUCACGUGUGCCCUCCUUGUUCCUCAUGUCACGUGUGCCCUCCUUGUUCCUCAUGUCACGUGUGCCCUCCUUGUUCCUCAUGUCACGUGUGCCCUCCUUGUUCCUCAUGUCACGUGUGCCCUCCUUGUUCCUCAUGUCACGUGUGCCCUUCUUGUUCCUCAUGUCACGUGUGCCCUCCUUGUUCCUCAUGUCACGUGUGCCCUCCUUGUUCCUCAUGUCACGUGUGCCCUCCUUGUUCCUCAUGUCACGUGUGCCCUCCUUGUUCCUCAUGUCACGUGUGCCCUCCUUGCCCCUCACGUGGAAUGACCCAGCCGCGCAAUCACCGGAAGCACACGUGCCAUCUCGCCUGCUCCACCACCACCCCAACCACCCGGCGCGCCUUUCACUCCCCCUCCCUUCCCCCCUUCCAGUCCUGCAGUCGCCCUCACCAAGCUUCACCAUCAACGGGGGCGAGCUGCAUCUGCGCAACCAGGGCACGCAUCUGUGCCGCCUGGCGAGCUCGUCCAACUCGCACCAGCUGGCGCGGCUGCUGGAGUUCGGCGCCGACCCCAACUCCGCUGACUACGACGGCCGCACCGCGCUGCACGUGGCGGCUGCUGAGGGGCACCUCAACGUUGUCAAGGUGGGUCAAGAAGAUUCAAUGCGAGUCCAGGUUCUGCUGCAGGGAGGGGCGAGCCCUAGUGUGCGCGACCGGUGGCAGCGCACACCCAUGGACGAGGCGAGGGACAACAACCACACAGUUGUGGUGGCCACUCUGCUGCGCGCCGCUGCCUCCGCCACCCCCACUCCCAGCCCCCGCUCCCCCACCCCUCACCCUUCUGCUCCUGCUGCCGCUGCUCCUGCUCCAGCUGCUGGUUCUCCUGCAAACACUCCUGCUGCUCCUCCUCCUCUUCCUCCUCCUGCUGCUGCUUCGUCAUCCCACGCCAGCCCGAUUCCUCCUCCUCGUGCCCUUCCUCUGUCUCCUGCCGCUCCUCCUGCUGUGGCCUCUGCUGUUGCACCUUCCUCCCCCACUGCACCCUCUCCUCCCACUACCGCCUCGCCGCUAGCCCGUUCUCCCAUUCCUUCCGGCACGGCCGCACUUGCAUCAAAUGCACUGGUUCUUGAACCUCCUGCCGUGACUGGUCCAUCCGUUCCUAUCGUGAGCCUGCAGCUGAUGUAA